AUGACACUUGAGACAUCCAUUACGAAUGAAGACCGUUUACCACUUAUAGGACCUGAUAUAGAUAUUGAACUUCAAACUUCGGACGUUGAUAGUGUCAAUUUCUUGGAUGUUGCACCAUUACAACAACAAAAUGAUGAAAAUUUGUCAUUUCCGAUCUUUGAUAGUUCCUCUAACACAUCUAACACAUCUAACACAUCGAGAACAAGUAGUUACAAACGAAAACAUUCCCCUCAAAAUUCAUUACAUAAACAAGAUAUUGUUAAUAACUACCCAAGUGUGGGUGAAUUAUUUUGGAAUGAUGGGAAAAUGUAUAGUGAUGUUAGAUUAACAUUUGAAGAUCGAGAAGUUCUAGCCAACUGCACUGGAAUACCAUCUGAGCUUCGCUUACAUUCCAUAGUUUUAUCCCAAUCACAAUUCUUCAAAGAACAACUCUCACGAUCAUCUUCAAUACCAAAAAAUAAUAUGAAUAAUAUGAAUGAAAAACAAAUCAUUGUUAGAUUACCAGCUUAUGUUAGCGAAGAAGAUAUUAUAAAUUUUUAUUGCACGUUGAAAUUAAUGUAUACAAAAAAAUGGGAUGUUGAAUUGGCAGAUAACUUAGCAAAAGGUGUCGGAUGUUUGUCAGUUUGCUGUGAAAUCGGAUUUCAUGAAGGAAUUGAAGCUUGCUGGAAAUGGUUGGUUAGAAAGUGUAAUCGCGAUAAAAACAGUGAGAUGAUGAAGCUAUUAAUAGAAAAUUAUCCAAAUUUGCAUGAACAAUUUACUCAUCAAGUUGAAAGAGAGGAUCCAACAAAAUCAACUUCUCCUACAUUGACUACUUUUUCAUCAAUAAAUCCUUCUUUAGUAUUAUCUCAUACAUCUCAUCCUUUUCCCGUAUUAUCGCAACCACCAUCUCAAUUUAAUAAUCCUCAAUUACUGAACACAUGGAUAGCAAAAUUUGAAUCAUAUUCAAUAUCUUCAAAACGAUUAUGCGCAAAAUUUCCUUUUGAAGCCAGAGAUGAUAAUAGAUGUUUCCCAUUUAUUAAACAUUUUAGUUCUGUCUUUGAAUCUAUUAAUCAACUUGGUAGAUCGAAACAUCUUACGUCCCCUCAAUGCCUUGACUUCGCACUUCGUGUCCUAAAUGUGAUUAAAAUCGAACAUUCACAUUUCCAUAAUUUACACAUUCAUUCAUCUAAUUUGAAUAAAAAUCCGUCGAUCGUAAUUACCAAUACUACAAAAUCAUUAUCAACUAAAGAUAAUAAAUUAUCAUCGUCAUCGAUAAUACUUCAUGAAUCGUUGGAUGAACCAUUAUCUAUAUUAUUAAAGGAAAUAUUAUCUCCGGUAGAACAAAAACAUUUGGUUAGUCGAGUUGAACACAUGGUGGUUGGUGAAAAAAUGGUCAAGGUCAUGAGAGGGAUUAUAUUUUCAACAACUUAG